AAUGUACCUGCCAAUCAAAACGUGGGGCGGGUUAAGCGCGAGUCACUCGGGAGAGGGCGAAGAGAGACGGCGGAGCUGUCAAACGGCAACAAAUCGGCUGAACUAACAUCCCGGGCGGUUCGAAACACGUCGUACUUUGCUCCCUUUCUUUCUUUUUUUUUUAGUGGCAAACGAGCGGGACGGGAGCGGACUUCGGGAGCACUCUGAGCUUUCGACCUUUGGGAAUUCGGACUUCUUAAACCGCCCCUGCGACGAAAAAAAACUUCCUGUUUUUUACGCGUGUGGGUGAACCGAGCUAACGUUCGUUAGCUCUUCGCUUAGCUGAGAGUUUUGUUGACACACUGCAGCCACGCAGCUCGCGGGACCUCACUUUUCUUUUUUUUCUUCUUUUUUUUAUAUCGUUCGUCGUUUAUUUUCUUCCAUAAAUGCGACCCGACAGGAGGGCAUGGCACCCGGCUUCGUCUGCUCUUGUACUCAUUCCCCGGAGGUAAAACCAGGUCUCCAACGGCUCCCGAUACAUCUGUCGAACAUGUGAGAACCCUCUCGUCCUGGUGGACUUUCCACUUUUCGCGCAGAGAGGAGCCGGACCCGUUCGGAAACACCCUGGAUCCAGCCCGGCUUGGGUGAAUCCCGCGGGUGUCGUCCCCCCCCCCCCCCCCCCCCCCCGCGCUGAAACAUUCGCCUGAAAGUCUAUGGUAGUGACGUAUUCUCUGCCAGGACACGAACUGAGUGACGCCCGUGCUGCCGUGGAACCCUCGGCCCCCCGUUAAAAAAACAAUCCAGUGGCUCCUGUCAUGUGGGUACGUUGCAGAACAAGGUCACUGGUAUCGCCGUCUCUCACGUCACCAUGGACCGGAAUAAACGCAACUCCAUCGCUGGGCUCCCCACGCGGCCCGACCGCGGCGGCGAGGACGCAGCGGGUUUCGGAGGGGUAGGGGGCAGCGAGAUGGGCCCGGGGCCGCCCUCGCAGGUGGGCCGGGUGUGGCCAUCGUCCUACAGAGCCCUCAUCAGUGCCUUCUCAUGUCUCACACGCCUUGAUGACUUCACCUGUGAGUGGAUUGGCUCCGGAUUCUUCUCUGAUGUCUACAAGGUACGUCAUCGGGCCUCAGACCAAGUCAUGGCGCUGAAGAUGAACAAGCUCAGCAGCAACCGAGCGAACAUGUUGAGAGAGGUGCAGCUGAUGAACCGCCUCUCCCAUCCGUACAUACUCAGGUUCAAGGGAGUGUGUGUCCACGAGGGCCAGCUUCACGCUCUGACCGAGUACAUCAACGGAGGGAACCUGGAGCAGCUGAUAGACAGCAACAAGCACCUGAGUUGGCCCACGAGGGUGAAGCUGGCCUCUGAGAUCGCCGGCGGUUUGUCCUACCUGCACUCCAAGGGCAUCUUCCACCGGGACCUCACCUCCAAGAACUGCCUGAUCAAAUGUGAGGAGAGUGGCUACACAGCGGUGGUGGGAGACUUUGGCCUCGCAGAAAAGAUCCCCACCAACCUUGCUGAAGUGGAGAAGCUGUCGGUGGUCGGCUCUCCUUUUUGGAUGGCUCCAGAGGUUCUGAGAAACGAGCCCUACGACGAGAAGGCCGACGUCUUCUCCUUCGGCAUCGUCCUGUGUGAGAUCAUCGCGAGGGUCCAGGCCGACCCCGACUUCCUGCCCCGCACGGAGAACUUCGGCCUGGACUAUCACACCUUCCAGCACAUGGUCGGAGACUGUCCACACGACUUCCUCCAGCUGGCCUUCAACUGCUGCAACAUGGACCCCAAACUGCGUCCUUCCUUCCCGGACAUCGUCAGGCACCUCGAGGAGAUUCUCGCCGGCCUCAAAGCCGACGAGACGGAGCGCGAGUGCGACCCGCUCGGCGGGGACGUCGACAAGAAGGCGGCGUCCAACGGGGAGAAGAUCCAGGGCUUCAAGCGGCUGAACCCUCUGGGUUUCCAGGACGACAAAAUCCCUCCAAAGUCGCCGCGCCCCCGGCGAAACAUCUGGCUCAGCCGCAGCCAGUCGGACAUCUUCUCCUGCAAGCCGGGCAGGAAAGUGAACGUCCAGGACCCUUACUACAACCCCACCAUCGCCCAGAGGGCCUCCAAGGCCCGCAAGGUCAACCCCUUCACCGCCCGAGAGGACCUGUGCGGCGGCAAGAUCAAGUUCUUCGACGUGCCGAGCGCGUCCGUCUUCUCGCUGGUGUUUGACCUCCACUCGCCUCCGGGCAGCGCGUUCAGCGACCAGCCGGCGGCCCACGGCGCCGCGGGGGGCCAGCAGGGCACGUCGUACUACUGGAGGCAGCUGCCGGGGCGGCGCUGUCACUCUCUGCCCGUCUCCCCCCAGCUGCCGCGCUCCGAGGUCUUCCAGCUCGCCGCCGAGGUCGGCGCCAGCCACAACGGCGCCGUCACCUGCAACUCCGGCCUGCUCGCCAGCGCGCUGCCGGCAAUUAACUUCCGGUCUGACGCCGUCCUGGCGGCGAAAGCCUUGCUGAUCAGCUGGGCGAAGAAAUACGUCGUGGUUGAGAUCCCACCUUACUGCAGGCAGCGAGGAGGGGGGGAGGACGCAGAGGAGAGGACGCAGGAGCUCGGAGACGGCAGCGAGAGGAACGGUGGGGAGGCCAUGGAGUGCUCCAGCCUCCUGGAGGAGGAGCGGGAGAGAGGGGACAGACCCCUGCCCGAUGUAACGCACAUGUAAACACACACACACACACACGUGGUGGUUUGGGAGGGAGGGGUGUGUGAGGACUUCUGAGGAUGGAGGACACGGAGGCUGCUGACUGAAAGAAUGGGAAACAAAGCGAACAAACACUUGAUUUCUAUCUCUCAAGUGAAUGUAUCACAAAUCAAGCGCACCCGGUGGAGAUGACUAACAUCUGUGGGACGGGACGAGUCUUCAUUUAGCACCAAAAAAAAAAUAACCGCUUUUUUCAACGGACACUCGACAUAGAGAUUAUUUUUUUGAGACGGUUGUUUAUAUUUAAUAUUGUGAGAUGAUGUAGGUGUUCUUCCUUUGUAAAGGUGUCGUAUAUAAUGCGUCUUGUGAAUGGAGAUCCCUUGUGUUGUGUAUUUGUGACCGUUUGAAAAUCAAAGCUUAGUGUUUUGAUAUUUUCCCUCCUGUGUUCUUUG